UCCCCCUGCCUGUCCUCAUAAUAAGAAUUUCUUCUGCAUUACAACAUAAUAGCAACAAUAGAAAUGCCUGUCUUCCGCCCACCGCUAGAGGGCGUCCGUCUGUGCGAGCAAGGAAUGUCCCCAGCUCAGGAGAUGCCGCGGCCAUUUUGUUGUAGCCCGGAAGAGGUGGAGGAAGGAGUUUCCAAGGCUCAGUAAGGUUCCAGAUCUAGUCGGGAGGUUGCAGAAUGUGUGCCCAGUGAGGAGGAGGAGGGGGGGAUUAAUUGAAGACAGUUUGCAAGGAGAGACCUCUAUAACGAUGACCUGAGCGAGAAUGGAGAAGGAGCAAAGUCACAUGUCUAAGAGGGUAUUCUACCUCGCCCCCAGGACAUAGUAAAGAGGUUCCUAUAAGGUGUCAGGAUGUCACUGUCUAUUUCUCCAUGGAGGAGUGGAAGUAUAUAGAAGGACACAAGGAUCUCUACAAGGACGCCAUGAUGGAGAAGCGGCCGCCCCUCACAUCUCCAGAUGGAUCCAGUAAUGGGAACCCACCAGAGAGAUGUCCCCGUCCUCUGUAUUCCCGGGACUCCACACAGGAACAUCAGGAGGAUCAGGUUACACUGGAUGUAAAGCAGAUUGAUGGUGAUGAGGAAGAAGUAGAGACGUAUAUGAUGGGUGAAGAACCGUGUAAAGAGGAGGAAAUCCCUCCAGAGAUCAGCGCAGACCCCGGGGACACCAGAGCUACUCAGAGAAACGUCAAAGCUGAGGAGGAGGAAGAAUUACAUGUAAUAGUCAAAGAAGAGGAAAUUCCUGUAGAGAUCGGCACAGACCCCGGAGACACCAGAGAGACUCAAGGAGACAUCAAAGUAGAGGAGGAAGAAAUAAGAAAAGUCAAGAUUGAAGAGGACGAAGUUCUUGUAGAGAUUGGUACAGAUGGUGAAAUGGAAGAUGAGGGUAUUACAUCUGAUUCUUCGGAGGAAAGCUCCAUCACCCCAGAUCUCCAUCCAUCACCUCAUACUUCUUCAGAACCCUCUACACCCCUUGCCCGCCGUAAAGCUCGUAGAAGGGGUGGGAAGUUGCCUUUUUCCGUCUAUGGGAGUUUUUUUGCCCAGGGAACAGAAGCAACACCAAACCAGAGAAACCGGACAGCGGAGGGUCAAUAUUCUUGCUCUGUGUGCGGAAAAUGCUUUUCUUGGAAAUCCUCUCUUUUUGAACACGAAAGAACUCACACGGACGACAGACCGUAUCCGUGUUCUGAGUGCGGGAAACGUUUUAAACAAAAGUCAACUCUUGCCAUUCACGAACGAAUCCACAACCCCGAGAAGCCUUUCUCGUGUUCCGAGUGUGGGAAGUGUUUUACCCAGAUAGGCAAUCUUGCAUCGCAUCAGCGAACACACACGGGGGAGAAGCCAUUCUCCUGUUCAGAGUGCGGGAGAUGUUUUACUCGCAGAGUCAGCCUUACGGAACACGAGAGGACUCACACUAAAGUGUCGCCGUUUUCUUGUCCGGAAUGUGGGAAGUGUUUUACCCGGAAAACCAGCCUUGUUCUCCAUCAGCGUACUCAUACCGGGGUGACUCAGUUUUCCUGUUCUAAAUGUGGCAAAUGUUUUACGCAGAGGUCCCAUCUUAUUGUACACCAGAGGACUCAUCCCGCGGUGUCGCCCUUCUCGUGUAUGGAAUGCGGGAAAUAUUUUACCCGGAGAGCCAACCUACUCGUACAUCAAAGGACUCACACCGGGGUGUCGCCGUUCUCAUGCGCAGAAUGUGGGAAAUGUUUUUCCAGGAGAGCUAGUCUUACUGAGCAUCAGCGGACUCACACAGGGGAGAAGCCGUAUUCAUGUUCCGAAUGCGGGAAAGGUUUUUCCCUUAUUUCGGCUUACAUUAACCAUAAGAGGAUUCACACGGGAGAGAAGCCAUUUAAGUGUUCUGAAUGUGGGAGGUGUUUCACCCAAAGGGCCAAUCUUAUUGGACACCAGAGAACUCACACCGGGGAAAAGCCAUAUUCGUGUCUAGAAUGUGGGAGAUGUUUUACCCGGAGAGUCUAUCUCACCGAGCACCAGAGGACACAUACCGGGUUGCCGCUGUUUUCAUGUGCGGAUUGCGGAAAAUCCUAUUCCCAGAGAGCCAGUCUUAUUAAACAUCAAAGAACGCACGCUGGCGUGAAGCCGCAAUGAUGUUCGAAAUGUUGAGGGCGUCUUACACAAAUGGCGAAUCUUGUGAUACAUCAAAUAAUAGCUGUAAUCGCCUUUUAUGUGUGGAAGAGUCUGUAGCAAUAAUCUCAGAUCUGCCUAAAGCAAAAAAACUCUACGUAUUACAUACAGGCCCAGAUUCACGUAGGGCGGCAUAACUUU